GGCGGCGCGGCCCCGGGCGGCUGGCGCCAGCCCGAGCUGCCGGAGGUGAUCGCCAUGCUGAGCUUCCGCCUGGACGCCGUCAAGUCCAACGCAGCCGCCUACCUGCAGCACCUCUGCUACCGCAACGACAAGGUGAAGACGGAGGUGCGCAAGCUGAAGGGCAUUCCCGUGCUGGUGGGAUUGCUAGACCACCCCAAGAAAGAGGUGCACUAUGGUGCCUGCGGAGCCCUCAAGAACAUCUCCUUUGGCAAGGACCAAGACAAUAAGAUUGCCAUUAAGAACUGCGACGGGGUACCGGCUCUGGUGCGCCUGUUGCGGAAGGCCCAUGACAUGGACCUCACGGAGGUCAUCACAGGAACACUGUGGAACCUGUCCUCGCACGACUCCAUCAAGAUGGCCAUUGUGGAUCAUGCGCUGCAUGCUCUGACUGAUGAGGUGGUCAUUCCCCGCUCGGGCUGGGAGCGGGAGCCCAACGAGGACUCGAAACCCCGGCACAUCGAGUGGGAGUCGGUGCUCACCAACACUGCUGGCUGUCUUAGGAACGUGAGCUCCGAGCGGAGUGAGGCCCGUCGGAAGCUGCGGGAAUGUGACGGGCUGGUGGAUGCCCUGAUCUACAUAGUCCAGUCUGAGAUUGGCCAGAAGGACUCGGACAGCAAGCUGGUGGAGAACUGUGUGUGCCUGCUGAGAAACUUGUCCUACCAAGUCCACCGUGAGAUUCCCCAUGCCGAGCGCUACCAGGAGACGCCUCUGGCCCCUGCCAACAACGCUGGGCCCCAUGCUGCAAGCUGCUUUGGUGCCAAGAAAGGCAAAGGUAAAAAGCUCCCUGAAGACCCUGGUGCCGAUACAGUGGAUUUUCCCAAAAGAACAACUCCAGCCAAAG